AUGAUGCAAAGGCCUUGUGAGCUCGCUUGCUAUAGUCGUGUAGAAGGUGGGGAGGUCCACUUUGAUGAGCGCAGCUUGAGGCUUUUUAAGCGUCUCAUCACUGAGGAUAUUGGAGCUGAUUUAAAUGAAGGUUAUGACACUUAUAUUGAGAAAAAAGAGCUUGGCUCCCAGGGUUUUGGUGACCUCCUUGCCUGCAUAAGAGCUAAAAAUCUUCCACUUCAAAACAUUCAUUUUGUGACUUUCCGAAACAACCUAAAUAAGAUAUUAGCUACUGCUUACAUUCGAAAUGAGCCAUGGGAAAUGGGGGUGCAUAAGAGGAAUGGGGUGGUCUAUUUAGAUGUGCAUAAGUUGCCAGAGAGACCGAAAAGUGAGUUGGAUCGUCGAAGAUGUUACUGGGGAUCAACAGAUGAUGGAAGGAGGUUUUAUGUGGAGUUAAAGACUAGCCGUGAGUUGGAGUAUCACACUGAGGAAAGAUUCGAAAGGGAGAAGCUGCUAAAGUUCUGGAUUCAGUCGUUCUUGGCUGGUGUCCCUUAUAUUGUUAUUGGAUUUAGGGAUGACGCUGGCCGGUUAGUCCGCACAGAGAGACUAAGAACUAAAGAUAUAACUCAGAGGGUGAAGAUGAAGAACUAUUGGCAGGUUAAUCAUUUGUUUUGUUUUGUUUUUUCCUUUCUUGCCCCAGACUCUAUUAGUGGGUUGUCCUUUGGGGGUUGGGGUUUUGGGACCCUCGUCCUGGAAGUGGGCUAGGGCAUUUUAUUCACACUACAUGGAGCAAGGAAGCUUUGGUAAGGAGCUCUUUACGCUGAGUUAUGGGUGUUGUUGCAGGAGUGUAGCAAUAGACUUGGCUGAUUGUUUUUUGGGAACAGUCACUUUCACUAUGUUGGAAAAGGACUGGAUUGUGGUCCCUAUUGAUUCUUUAGUGGUAGUCCGUGCUUUUUCUUUUUCUUUUUUUUUUGCUAAACAUUUUAUAUUUUGAGGAUUUG